AUGUGCGAUGAUGCUGAAAAGAUUCGCCGAGAUAAUAUGAAGCUCACUGCUGAAAACAAAGCAUUAAAGCACCAGAUUACCCUCCUAAAAGAAAACGAGGAGCUACGUAAUCUCCUGUCAUCCAACAGUGCACCGGCACUUGGACAGAACCCAAAAUGUUUCCCAGCCUUCAGCCAUCCCACCGCAGCACGAGGUGCCUCGUUGUGCUGUUCCACAGAACGGAUCAGCCCCAAUGACUUCCAGGACAAUCGGCAGCCAAGUCCAACCUUGGAGAACCUUCUUACCCUUUCGCUGUCUGAUGAUUCCCACGCACUGAGCUGCAACAGUGCUCUCAGUGGACUGCAGCCAGCUCAGGUCCCCACUUACUGCCGCAGCACUGAAUUGUUUGAAGCCAGUAAUCCUGAUGUCACGAACAGCUCAUGUGAUGAAAUCAUGAACAGCCAACUUUCCGACUCUGAGGCCCGGCCCACCAACAAGAAGAUCUGGUUUUCAGAAUCAGCCACAUCUGAUGAAUCUAAAAAGCUGUUCCUUGAGGAAGGAAACAAAACACGGGUGUUUUAUGUGAAUGAGAUGGACUCCUUCUCAAACCUGGCAAAGAACAGUCGAGUGAUUGGAGAGAUAGCGUUCCAACUGGACCGGAGGAUCCUCGCACACGUGUUCCCAGGACUAACCAGGUUGUACGGAUACACAGUAUCCAACAUUCCAUCAAAAAUCAAACAGAAUUCGGUUAAUGCCAUCGAUGGAACAGUGGAUAAGCAGAAAUGGAAAGAAAUGUCACAGUGUUAUGCAGCUUUACUAUCAAAAUUGGAAAAACUCAAUUAUAAAACCGAUAUCCAUACUGGCUUCAGUGAAUUCCUGGUCAACUCCUAUGGAAUUCUCAAGCAGCGUCCAAAUGCCUACACCAACAUCACAUACAAUCCUAUAAUCCUGCGCAAAUUGGUCAUCGACAUGGUUCCUGCCAAGUUCCUACGGGACACCCUGGUCUUGCUGAAUUGUCUAUGUGAGCUGUCUCGUAAUGACAAGAAACCUCUGUUUCCAUGGUGACCAGGAGAUGCAGCAGCUGACAUUAUGCAUAAGAUAAAGACAUUUCUAUUUCCCUCUUUUAAAAAAAUCCUAUCAAAAUAGAUUGCAGAAAAUAUUGAUGUCCCAUUUUAUUCUAUUAUAUGUACACUUAGCAUUCAAAGUGCAGAAGAGUUAUAAAUAAAUCUAUGAUUUUGAAAAGAAAAGUUUUUGCCAAAUUGUAUUUAAAU